AUGUACGGCCUAAUAUUAGAGAACAUGUCCGAGUAUAUACGGCAGGUCUACGGCGAAGAUCGAUGGGAAGAGAUCCGACGACAAGCGUCCGUAGAUCAACCCAGUUUCAGUGUUCAUCAGGUUUAUCCUGAGAAUCUGAUUCCGAGAUUGGCGAAGAAGGCUAUUCAGGUACUUGGCGUAUCGGAGAAAGAAUUUUUCGAUCAGAUGGGUGUACACUUCGUAGGAUUCGUUGGCCAGUACGGUUACGAUCGUGUGCUUUCAGUACUUGGACGUCACGUAAGAGAUUUCCUUAACGGGUUGGACAAUUUGCACGAAUAUCUCAAGUUCUCCUACCCGAGGAUGAGAGCUCCUUCAUUUAUUUGCGAGAACGAAACGCGACAAGGCUUGACUCUUCAUUACAGGAGCAAACGACGUGGAUUCGUUUUUUACACGAUGGGCCAGAUAAGAGAGGUGGCACGUCAUUUUUAUCACAAGGAAUUACAGAUCGAGCUUGUCCGUGAGGAGGUCCUUUUCGACACGGUCCACGUGACUUUCCAGCUCACCUUUGAUAACAGAGCGUUCACACAGGCAUCCCUGGCGAUGACUCGGGAGGAGAAGCAUUUGCCAAUAGGAGCCUCAGUCUUGUUCGAAAUAUUCCCAUUUUGUGUCGUUUUUGGCUCAGAUAUGACCGUAAGAAGUAUUGGAAAUUCGCUGAUGGUAAUAUUACCCGAUCUCGUUGGCAAGAAAAUCACGCAUUUCUUCGAUCUCGUUAGACCACUCAUUGCGUUCAAGUUUCACUCCAUUUUAAACAGAACGAACAACAUCUUCGAACUCGUGACAGUAGAACCAGUUCUGACGGAGCGGCCGUCUGAUCGACACAGGAAUGAGAUUUUAUUGAGCGAUGAGCUUGAUUCAGCGGAUGACAGAACAUUAAGAUUAAAAGGUCAAAUGAUAUACAUGGAUAACUGGAAGAUGAUGAUGUAUCUCGGCACCCCAGUAAUGCCGGAUUUAAACGCUCUGAUCGCGACUGGCCUCUACAUAAACGACCUCUCCAUGCAUGAUUUCAGCAGGGACUUGAUGCUUGCUGGGACGCAACAAUCGGUGGAGCUUAAACUAGCGCUAGAUCAGGAACAGUUGAAGAGUAAGAAGCUGGAGGAAUCAAUGAGGAAGCUGGACGAGGAAAUGAAACGCACGGAUGAACUGCUUUAUCAGAUGAUACCGAAACAAGUGGCGGAUCGUUUGAGAAACGGAGAGAGUCCGAUAGACACGUGCGAGAUGUUUGAUAGCGUUUCGAUUUUAUUCUCGGACGUCGUCACGUUCACUGAAAUCUGCAGCAGGAUCACACCGAUGGAAGUCGUGUCUAUGCUAAACGCUAUGUACUCGCUUUUUGACACGUUAACAGAAAGGAACCGGGUGUAUAAGGUUGAAACAAUCGGCGACGCAUACAUGGUGGUGUCUGGAGCACCAGUGAAAGAAAACGACCAUGCUGAUCGUGUUUGUGAUAUGGCUCUGGACAUGGUCGAAGCUAUAACUGAUUUAAAAGAUCGUUCAACAGGUCUUCAUCUUCAAAUAAGAGUUGGAAUACACAGCGGCGCUGUUGUGGCUGGAAUUGUCGGUUUGAAAAUGCCUCGGUACUGUCUGUUCGGUGAUUCGGUGAACACAGCAUCCCGAAUGGAAGCGACAAGCCAGGCGAUGCAAAUUCACAUAUCGCAAUCCACGCGUGAAUUAUUGUCGCCUUCGUACAAAGUCAAAGAACGGGGGGAGAUAGAGGUGAAAGGUAAAGGUACGAUGAAAACUUACUGGUUAGAAAAAAGAGAACACAGGUCGUUGACGACGAAAGGGAUUACUAUUCAAGAACCGCCGCAAUGGCAUACGAGAAACAUCGAGAAGAGAGUUUCAACGGGCACGGCCGCUGGUUUCACUGCUACCACCAUGUUUGACAGUCAACAUUGUUUGGAGACUUCGUCUAGGCGUGGUUCCAAGAUACCAUCUCCAACACUACCCGACACGUCGUUUCUUCCCGAAGAAAGGAGGAUCUAUUCGCCGAUCACGUUUCAAGACGUUGCUCGAAGAUCAGUCGCGAAUUCACCGACGAAGAACACUGAUACGAGGGAUUUCAGGUCGAACUCCAUGGGCGCAGUGAUCACCAGGAACAUGGACAUGUUCAGUUCCCUUAUAACCGACACGGAGGAACAUUUCAGACACCACAGAGACAGUCUGUCGCCUCGUGUAGAGAAUCAGGCGGUCCUAGUACACGCAAAGCCGGAAGUGAACGUGAACGCCAGUUCGAGCUCGUCGUCGGAAGAAUUUCGGGAGGAGAGGGUGUCCACAGUUGACACCUCGAAGGGAGAAAGAAACGUGCCAUCGAAAAAGAACAAGGAAAUUUACGGGAAAUUUCACAGAGACAAUAAUGCGCAGUCGUUGACGCAACAGGAUCAGUGCUGUCCUGGGUUCACUAUGUCGAAGAGCGGAUCAUAA